GCUCCCCAUGCACUGCUCCUCAGUGUCAAACCUCGGGAGUGCUCCUCAAAACCUUCUGUUUUCAUCCUUCCCAGGCAGGUUCUGCAUUUCCUCCCAGCUGUCACUGUCAGACCAUGACAGGAAACAGCAGAGAGAAUGUGGCACAUGGCUGGGAGGGCUGAGAUGAAUGAGCUGCUCAGUGGUCUGCUGUGUUGGCCCAAGCAGCUCUUCCCAAGGGUCACUUGCUUCCCACAGGUCUAACCCAGCUCAUGGUCUGGCAGGGAUCUCCUCACUGGUUCUUCACAGUGGGGCAGGUGAAACACUGGAGCAGGGUGCCCAGAGAUAUGGUUGAGGCUCCAUCCCUGGAGACAUUCAAAGCUGAUGUGGCCCUGAGCCAUCUGCUCUGGCUGGAGGUGUCCCUGCUGCCUGCAGAGGGCUUGGGCAAGGAGACCUUGGAGGCUCCCUCCAAGCCAGUGCGAUCUCCCUGGAGGAGCUGCGCUUUCCAGGUCCCAUAUCCAGAACCACACACAGGGAGGACCUGGAGCAAUGUCCUCUCCCACUCCUUCCCUGGCUCUCUCUCCUGCCCAUGGCUGUGGUGUGCCUCAGUAAAGGCUCUGCUCUCCCUCCUUGCAGACAGCCCUUCGGCUCCAGUCAAUGUCACAGUCAAACACCUGAAAGCCAACUCAGCUGUUGUCACUUGGGACGUGCUGGAAGAUGAAGUUGUCAUUGGAUUUGCUAUUUCCCAACAGAAGAAGGACGUGCGGAUGCUGCGCUUCAUCCAGGAGGUGAACACCACCACCCGCUCCUGUGCCCUCUGGGACCUAGAGGAGGACACUGAGUACAUUGUGCAUGUCCAGUCCAUCAGCAUCCAAGGCCAGAGCCCUGCCAGUGAGCCAGUCCUCUUCAAGACCCCCAGGGAAGCUGAGAAACUAGCCUCUAAAAAUAAAGAUGAGGUGACAAUGAAGGAGAUGGAGAAGAAAAACCAACAGCUGCGAGCAGGGGAGGUUCUCAUCAUUGUGGUGGUGUUGUUUAUGUGGGCAGGGGUGAUCGCCCUGUUUUGCAGGCAGUACGACAUCAUCAAAGACAAUGAACCAAACAACAGCAAGGAGAAAGCCAAGAGCGCCUCGGAGAACAGCACCCCCGAGCACCAGAGCGGAGGCCUCCUCCGCAGCAAGUACCCAAAAAACAAGCCCUCAGUGAACAUCAUCGAGGCAUGACAGCUGAUGGAUGGACUCCAUUCCUCACUCUCCCUCUCUGCCUCCAAGCCCUGAUGAUGAGGGAGGUGAAAUAUUUCACUGGAGCCAUUUGGGAAGAGAGUUUAGUGCUUGUCACUUGCUGGCAUCCACCUCCUGCUCUGUGCUCUGCAAAACAUCUGGCCAGGAAGAAAAACAAAACCCCAAACCCUGCAAGACUGAGCCCCUGAGCCCCAAACCAACCAAAGGAGGAUGGAAAAGCAGCAGUGAGGUGGCUGCUGCUGGUGAUCCCAGACUGGCCUCACGAAUCACCUGGGCUGGAGCAACUUCUCACCUCCUCCUCCUCCUCUCCACCCUCACACUCCAUCUUCUGGAACUGUUUUGGAGGUGUAGGAGGUUUUGUUGUGUCUUUAUUUCAUCUCACUGUCACCACACUCUCAGGCAUCAGUCACUGUCACUCCUCUCCCAGCAAAGCAAAGGAGGGAAGCUCAGCACAGGCACCACCAGCAAGCAGCUGCAGGCUGCUGAGUGCUCCCAGCUUGCUCUGUUCCCCUUGAUGUGUGUCGUGCUACCAAGGCUUGCAGGUGGCUUUUUACACCACCACCACCACACAACCCAGACAAAGAGGCAGCCCCCAGCUUCCACUCCCACUGUGAGAACUUCCCUGGUGGUUCUCCAGCUGGCCUGCAGCACAUCCUCACUGCUGCUCUCCCUCCUGUCUCACACUUGGUGCUCUUCACCUCAGCUCACCGGGGGCACAGCGACCCCCGAGGCACAGACCGACGGUGAGGGGGACACCAGGAGUUGUUGUUUAGCUUCCAGGAGAUCAUCUCCACUGUUUUCUUCAUGCUGUUCUCACAGCUGGGCCUGAGUCCACCACCAUGUGUGAUUACAAAGGGCCAGCAAAAUGUAGCCAGCCAGCAAAAAAAAAAGGAGAAAACCCCCAAGAGGACAAAACCCUCUCCUGAUACUGGUUGCUAUGCAAGGUCUCCAGGGGCAAGAGCUGCUUAGUGGGAAGGGUCUUGCCCAAGAGACCUUUCCUUGAGGGCUGAAGUUCUUCAAGUGCUUCUUUAGGUAGGGUUCCUGUGGGAAGGUCUGGUUCAGGUCCUGUCUGCACUGCUUUGGUGAUGCUGGACUAGCAGGGAUCUGCUGGAGGCACUCCUCCAUCAGCAGGAGCUGGGGUUCCCCUCUCUCUUCCUGAGGGGAUGAGGUUUGUAGGCUGCCAGGAUCCUCCCUGGCAUUGCUGGUGCCCUGGAAGCCAAGUCCAGCAGGUGGAAAAGGUUUACUCUCUGUAGCCUGCCAUAGGG